UAUACCCUCCUCCCCCUCCUUCCUCUUCCUGCAUCUUCCCACAUUUCAGACUCUUUCAUCUGCCUCAGAAGCACAUUCAGACAUCAAACGUUCACACUUUGAACCAUACUGUUCGUGCAACUCUGCCUACCAUGGAUAGGAGCCCGUCUCUGUUGGAGGGCGACGGUUUCUUUGACCACGGCGAUUUGGACAGGAGGCUUUCAAGACUUGGGAUGCGUGAGGGCGAAGGGGACGGACGUGACAACCAUGGACAGGAAGGACCAGACACCACCAACAGAGUGCCUACUGAAUGGGCGCCUGGGGUCAAUUUGGACCAGCUCUGGAGGCUUCAACGAUCUGGUUCGAACAGCCCGGCAGAUACUGCAAUGUCGGAGGCCCCGCAGCCAGCCUAUCUCAUUCAAGGGUCUGCGGUGGUUACCCCUACUACUCCUGCAAUGUUGUUGAACACUAUGCAGGGCCAGGGCCACAGCCAGGAACACAGCCGGGUGCAGGGAGAGGGACAGAGACAGGGGCAGGAACAGAAUCAGGGACGGCCACGGUCGAAUUCUCCCCCCCGCACCUCACAGCCCCCAGCCCAGCCAGUGUUUUACACGAACAACGGUGGACUCACAUUGCCUCGUUUCAGUCCAAACCAGUACUUCGGCGACAGACAGGCGAUCGAUCCGCACUUGAAUUACAUCUUCUCGGGAGGGCAGGGCAAUCCAGCUCAACCCCCCCAGACUCCCCUCGUCCCGCAGAGACAGCGAAACUUCCGUGAACCGGCACCGAGGUCCAGCCAUGCUCAACAGGCUCAACGCUCCAGGAACACCCAGCCACCUCUGUCUGCGAGAGCAGAGCCCCCAUACCCGACCACGGUUGCGCCCACUAGUGCUCCAGCCCCAACGAGCGACACCCAGCCGUCGCGGUCAGCGAGAGCCCAGACCCCAUACCAAACCACAGCUGCUGCCACAAACGCCCAAGUCCCACUGAGCAACCCUCGUGCAACUCAAGACCAUGGCGCGGUUGCAAAUGCGAACGCAGCAGCACUCUCCCAAGCAUUUGGGCCCGAUGGGGAUGGCCGUUCUCCGUCUCCUCCGCCUCCUCCGGUCCCUCGGCAUCGCGAACUUGCACGUCCCCAACGCCCGAACUCGGAGAGGGACACUGCCCUCCGGUACGCUGAAUACCUGCACCGACUGAGAUACAAUCCUCACCAGGCUGAGGUUCCUCACUUGGCCCACACUCGAGCCCACACUCGAGGCGCACGGGCGCCGCCUGUUCAGGCUGGGUACACUCCCCACCCGGCCACCGUGCGAUCAUCUGGUCCGGCGAACGCAGAGCAUGAGAGACGCGCACGCGACCUUGGACAAAUCUUGCAGGAAACUCAACGAGCUCAUUGGCAGCGGGUCAUGAACGAAGCCGUUGCUCAAAUAAUCAUGGACGAUGCUCGGCCGAUCCCGCAGCCCGGCGACCUGCGCGGCACUCUGGACGAUAGAAGCAACGGUCGUCCGGAAGCGAAAGAGCCCCAUGAACUGCAAGCGAACCUCGAGUGCAAGAUCUGCUUUUCCCAGAUCGUUGAUACGGUCUUGCUUCCCUGCGGCCAUGCCAGUAUGUGUCAGUGGUGUGCGGACGUCCAGUAUCCGGGUCGUCGCUAUGAUCCCAGCAGACCAAUCGAGCCGGCCCACUGCAUCAUCUGCCGCGCUGACGUUAAGAUGAAGAUGCGUAUCUACCUCAACUAGGGUGAACAAUCUCUCCACACGCCUAUACAUCUCUCCACUUCCCAUUGCAUUGUGACAUGUGCAACGACGGCGUCCCUGGUAAAACAGCACAUACUCUUUCGCAUCCGACAUCUGAGACUACGAACGAUUGGACAUGCUGCGCUGGAUGCUUUGAUACCCGUUCCAAUCGAUCUCAUUUUUCUAAUACUGCUUCUAUCUCAACUCUUUGCCGACUUUCAUGACUUCUGGUCUGGUUUCUUUCGGGUUUUAAUUGGUAUUGAUUUAUUCUAUCUGUUUCGCUGUGGUUCAUGGGUUUCAUUUUUUCUCUUCGAAUAUCAACAUUACCUUGCUGGGCAGGUCCCCGGUUGUUCAUAUCUUUCCUUACUGUGGGUCAUGCACAUUGUUUAUCUCCUAUCGAUUAAUACAAAACCCCAACUCGGUUGGUUACCUUGCAUGUUUGGGCAGGUUCCUGGUUGGUAUACCUGAUCGUC